UUCCGGACAGGAGUGGCAGGUAGGUCCAAGCCGGAAAUAGCAGGUGAAAUGUACUUUCAAAACAAAAGGAAACUACGACAUUAUCACAUACUCGUGUAGGCCUGUUUGAGUUAAAAUGGUGCAGUGCGAUGUUCGGUACAUGAAGGUAGCCACGGAUAUUCAUGAUGACACAGAAACCGACCGCGCAAAUGAGGACAGCGAUGGAGAACAAGUGACAGUCUACUUUAAGCUGCCUGAGAAUAGACUGCAGGAAAAAGCAGAAAAGAGACUCACAUGUUUCCGUGUGUCAGUGGCUCUGGUUCUGCUGGCUAUCGUCUUGGUGUUCGCACGUCUUCAGUGGAACAAAUAUUGGCCUGAUCCUGACGGGCUGGAUAUUUCCAAGGAACAUGAUGACCACCAUCAACACACCACCAUGGAGGAAGAUGAUGAACACCAUGAUGGAGAAGAUCACCACCAUCAGCACACUGCACUGUAUCACCAUGCUGUUGUCCUGACAGCAUCAGCUAACUGUUCCAGCAUCGGUAAGGCUCUUCUCCAGGAAGGAGGAAACGUGGUGGAUGCAGCGAUUGCUUCUCUGCUCUGCCUGGGAGUCGUCCAUCCACACACAGCCGGAGUAGGUGGUAUUUUCUCAGCGAUCGUGUACAACAACACCUCUGGCUCACUGAAGACAAUAAGUUCCACUGCACCCCAAAAGUCACCGGUCCCGUCUGUACUGCAAGGUAUCCGAGAGCUCCACUCUCAGUGGGGGAGAUCCAAAUGGAGAAGACUUUUCCAAGAAGCCAUAACGUUAGCGCAAGAAGGGUUCCUCAUAGACGACGUCCUCGCCAGGGCUUUGGAAAGCCAUAAGGAGCAAAUAGUGGUUUCCAAGCUGUGCGACCUGUUCUGUGAUGCGACCGGCCGCGUGAAAUCGGUGGGAGCCAUCGUCAAAAAUCAGAAUCUGUCAGAGCUUUUGCAGAGCGCCAGCUUGAAUGAGAACAAUUUCCUAGAAACGCUGGCCGUGAAAUUGUCCGAAGACCUCUCCCUGAGCGAGAGGCCAGCCUUCUUAGCCGCCAUUCAGCAAAUCCGUGGAGAAAUCAAUGACUCUGUUAUCGUCGAGGGAGAGAAAUAUUCUGUCCUUUCAGCCAGUUUGCCUUUCUCAGGCCAGAUGCUAUCUGAUAUAUUAGAGCAAGUCAGGCAGCAAAGCCUCUCCUUUCAGGAUGGUGCAGAUUUUAACAAGACCUCUGCUGCUUACAGAGAUCUCUUAAACUUGAUUCAACUACGCAACAGUUCAAGCCUGGCUCAGAAGUACCCAGGCCUUGUAGACACAUUUUCUUUUAAUACUCAAAACAGUCACAUUGCUGUGCUGGAUCAGUCUGGUAAUUUUGUCAUCAUGUCAGCUUCACUCAACAGCACAUGGGGAUCAGGGCGAUUUUUGCCAUCCAGUGGUAUUCUCCUUAACAGCUUUAGCGCAAACUCACGCCACUUCAACUUUCCACUGGUUCUGAGACUCGCUCAGGACGACACCUCUCUUAAUGAUGAUACAGAAGACAGCGGAGAAGAAAAGGAAGUAGAAGUUGUCGCCUUUACUGGAGGGCUUUCAGCUGUAUUUAACGCCGCUGUUCUUUUGCACAACAGGAUUGAUUUAAGAAUGUCUUCUAAAGAAACUCUUAGCAGCCCUCUCCUCCAUAUAGAGCCAGAAAUGACUUCAGGUUUUUGUCUGUCUUCCAUUUUAAAUGACUCGGACAAAUAUAUGCGGUUUUCUGAUGUAGGACAUGAGCUCGAGCAGGUGGACGAGUGCGUGGAUCAUUCUCUGUCUUUGCUACUGCGGUUACAUGCAAACCACGUUGCUGCACAUGGAGCUCCAGCUACUCAUGCUCAUAUUGAUGGCUACUGACAGUUUAUGUGUCUUUGAAGUCCGAUAGCGUGAUUAUUUAUUACAUUCCUUGCCAUGAAAGAAUAUAAAAAGAAUUUUUUUUGUUUACAUUAAGUAGAGCAGGUGAAUGAGAGAACAGUUGGUUUCGCUAUCUUGCAUUAUCACACUAAUGGCUACCAAAGGAAACACCUUUUAGCCGAGUUUGCACUGAUCAGAUUUUGCUGUCUCAGACAAAAAUCAGAACUCAUAAAAGAAUUCUUCAUUCGUGAGUUGAAAUUGGCGGUGUUAGAAUGCAUAAUAUCACAUGCAUCCCCACUGCAGUUACUAAAGUCAGUCGAAUACAAAGUUCUGAUUGUGUCAUUAUUCGCUAAUAUUAUCUGAUUAAAAUCUCAGUGUGAGCACUGCUGCAGCACUCAUCCAAAAGCCAUCUACAAGUUGUAUCAUCUCGGUACAGCUAUAAAUACAGUAGCGGCACUGUCGAAACAAACAAAACAACUUAUUAACACCACAACAUUUUGUCCAUUGAUCAAUCACCUAAGCAGAAAGUAGUCAUUUUACUUUAAACUCAUUAGUGUUCUUGGAGAAACUCCACCCUGAAAACUGAAAUGGAGAAAACUUUAUCAAACACUCUGUUAGCGAAUUAUAUCAGGAUUAUUUUGUACAGUAUGACAAGUACGGAUCUUAAAAAAACUGCUGAGAUCGCACAAUGUAAAACAGACUUAGCUACUCAGCUUAGCUAUCCAGCAUUGAUGUAGAUGCAUUUAAUUAGACUUCAUUCUUUCCCAACAAGGAAGUCUAAUCAGGUAUGCAGAUUGUUCAUCAAUUUAAUCUCUACACAUUUCAGUGAUCUCCUACUUGCUAACCCAAGGAUAAUGGAGAACACAUAUUUACACAUGUCAUUUGUAUUAGGUUUGAUUGGUGUUUGUUCAUUCUUUUUUUUUUUUUUUUUGUCCGUUAUUUCUAGUCAAAACAGUGUUUACCUUAUCAUAUUCUGAAUCCUGGAAAAGCAUAGAUAUCUGUUCCCUUAUGUCCAAUGGCGCAUAACUGGCGCUUCUCUUCAGGUGGGAAAAUGGCAUUGCUGCCCCAUGCAGAGAAAUCGUCAGUAUCUGUUAACCAAAGCGAGAUAUCUCUGAAAUCAUGCAUACACAAGAGGGCAGUUAGCGCUUCUAUCCAAGCAUGAUCAGCAGUUCAAAAACAUGUGAUGGCUUCCCAAAUCUAGGAUUAAGCACAUGCAAGCCAGGUUAAAUGCACUCAAGGAGACAGUUUGAUAUUUGUUCUUAUGCCAGUUACACAUAGCAUAUACAUAUACGUGUGUCUUUAAAAAAUUACACUAUAUUAUGCACAGAUUCCGCUACAAUAAUAUGCAAGCAACAUGAAUGUACAUUAUGCACUAAUUUAUGCACUGAAAAUUCAUCAAAGUGUCAUUAAAAACCAAAUCUAUGUUCAUUUUAUCAUUAAAUGUUUCACAAAGGUGAGAA